CGCAGCGUCAGGUGGCUUGAAAUCGCGUUCCUCUCUCGUUUAUUCGCUUUCAUUCGUUUUAUCACCACUGUCGUCUUCCACGCACAUUCGCAGCGCCAUCCGUCGAUUUACGUGCCAUUUGUUUUGAAUUUUCCGAGUGAACUCGACGCGCCCGAAAAAGUCGCAUGCCAAAUAGCGGUCCGAAUAUCGUUAACAAGUGUGUGGGUCGGGUUGUUUAGUUUGUUGAAACAUAAACACAACACUCGGCUGUUUAUCGUGCAUUUAAAGUUUCCCGCAAACGGAAAACUGUGUGCUUUCCAGUUGUGCCAAUAAAAGGAGGGGAAAAGUUCCGUUGCCCGGCCCAGUGCAUCUAUACAAUAAAUAUAGAUAUUCAAGUUAAUAAAUAAAAUUCCCACUUCAACGCACUGAAUGUCCGAGAAUAAAGGCAUUAUGCUGGCCAAAUCUGUUCAAAAACACGCUGGACGUGCCAAGGAGAAGAUUCUACAGAACUUGGGCAAAGUUGAUCGGACCGCAGACGAAAUCUUCGACGAUCACCUGAACAACUUCAACCGCCAGCAGGCGAGUGCCGCCAGGUUACAAAAGGAGUUCAAUAACUACAUAAGAUGUGUUCGUGCUGCACAAACCGCCUCCAAGUCGCUGAUGGAUGCCGUUGGCGAAGUCUACGAGCCACAGUGGAGCGGAUACGAUGCCCUGCAAGCACAAACUGGCGCCUCUGAGAGUUUGUGGGCCGACUUUGCGCACAAAUUGGGCGAUCAAGUGCUCAUACCGCUUAACACAUACACCGGACAGUUUCCCGAAAUGAAGAAAAAAGUGGAGAAGCGCAACCGCAAGCUGAUUGACUACGAUGGCCAGCGUCACUCGUUCCAAAAUCUGCAGGCCAAUGCCAACAAGCGCAAAGAUGAUGUCAAACUAACCAAAGGACGCGAACAGCUGGAGGAAGCCAGACGCACCUACGAAAUCCUGAACACGGAACUGCACGACGAGCUGCCUGCCCUAUAUGACUCAAGGAUACUGUUUCUGGUCACCAACUUGCAGACCCUUUUCGCCACAGAACAAGUGUUCCACAACGAAACGGCCAAGAUCUAUUCGGAGCUCGAGGCAAUCGUCGACAAACUGGCCACAGAAUCGCAGCGUGGCUCCAAUACGCUACGCAAACAAACUAGCAAUCCCAUCAAGACAUCGAGUCCAGUGCAGUCGCCAGUAAACAAAUUAAAUAACGCCAACAUCAAUAGCAACUAUCAGAAUCAAAUUACCACAAACGGUGGCUCCAGUUUGGCAAACAGCCCGACAUCCACCAGCUCGUCGCUGCAAGAGCCGAGAUUUGAUUCAGUUUCUUCAACACCAGAACCGCCCCCGGAUUCCCCAGCAGCAGCCGCGCCCAGCAGUCCCACGGAGAACGGUGUGACCGCAGCUGUAUCCAAGCCACUGGAGCGUCCCGAGUUGAGUGGUCUGAAUGCGAGUGCCAAGGCAACCACAACCACGCAGACAUCGCCCACGGAGGAGGUGGUGGUCAGUGAAGUGAAGCCAUCGGAACCUGAAGGAGCAGUAGACGCAGCCGCAGCAGCAGCAGCAGCAGCAAUCCCACCUGCUGCACCAGCGACACCUGCCCAAGUCAAUGGCAACAACAAUGAACCCCAUGUUACCAAGGAAGGUGGCAAACAGCCCAAGGAACUCCCAACCACCACAUCCAAUGCCGAAGCUGCUGCCGAGGCGGCGGCCAACAAUGGCAACUCGAUCGAGGAGCACAAGCAGAAGAAAUUAGGUAAUGACACAUCAGCAUCAGAAAGAGUCACACAGCACUUAGUUACAUCAACAGAUACAGAUAUAGUAACAAAAUCAGAUACAGAUACUAAGACCAGCACAGGCACAAGUCAGAAAGGUAGACCAGUACCCGUAGUAAAUAGGCACAGCGUAAAUAAUCUUAAUAAGAAUCCAUUCGAGGAUGACGACGAUCGUAUCUACGAGGUGCCCGCUGAUGCCAACACCGCUGACCUGCCGGCCGGCGUCCUUUACCGGGUGAAGGCCACCUACGGCUACGUCAAGGAGGAUGUGGACGAGCUCAGCUUCGAGAUCGGCGACCUUAUUCGCGUCAUUGAGUACGACGAUCCCGAGGACCAGGAGGAGGGCUGGCUGAUGGGUCAGAAGGAGGGCACCACCGAGAAGGGACUCUUCCCCGCCAACUUCACGCGCCCCAUCUGAGGCGGCGGACUGCGGAGCAACUGGGCUAGCACUAACCAUCAGCAACUUCAGUUACACCAUCAACAUUUUUAGUACGGAGAUCCAAUCCACACUUUCGGCCAAAAUUUUCUUUGUGAGCGCUGCUUUUGUUUUUGUCCAAUUAAUAAAUUAUUGUUUUGUGAAUUGUAUUCGUGAAUUGGCAAUCCAUUUUGGGAUUGUUCGAGCAGUGCUUCCAACCACAAAUUGUUAUUGUUAACGAAAACCACACAACACAAAGAAGAACGCAGAUGAGGAACGAGAGAGAAUAUUUUGAAAAUGUUUCAAACAUUUUUUUUAGUUCUAAGUUUCAACAAAAUCUAAAGCAUAAACCUACGUAUACAUAUAUUAUUUGUUAAUCCUAUUACUGUGCUCAUAAUUAUUGCGUACCUAAACGUAUAUAAUUUGUAAUUUGUUAAAGGUAAACCAAACAAAUGUAACGCAUAUCACUCGAAGGCCAGAGUAAUUGUUAAACAAAUCAAAAGUCGGAGGAGAGAGCCUGAACCUUUUGUAUUUUGUGUGUUUUUGCAAAUAUUUAGUACGAGUUUUUAUAGUCAAUUGAGUAUUUUUGGGGCGAUGCAAAAAAGGCCAGAUAAAAUUCCUCUGUGGUCCCCAAAGUUUUGGAAACUGUUUUUCAAGUAACAUCUUUAACGUUUAGCGAUUACGUGUAUCUUAAUUUGUACUUUGGUUUUUAACUUUCGUUUGAGAGACUCGAACUAGCUGCAGCUUUAUAACACGAACACAAUCCAAUAGUCACUAACCGAUCGAUUCGAUAUCUUUGUUUUAUUUAACUCGAUUGUAAAUCACACGAGGUCCGAAAUAAUUGUUUAAAUUGUGCACACUCUGUAAAGUUAUUAUUUUAAUUUUAUUUAAUUAAUUUAAACACUUAUUUAUCGCAUGAACAUAUUGAACAAAUGAUAAUAAUUUACAGAAAAGCAAAUAAAACAUAGAUUAAAUAAGA